GUUCCAAUACCAAACAGUAUAAUUUAAUUUCAGUAUCAAACAUUUAUACUCCUGUUUUUUUCUGAUCUGAUUGAUGUUUUACUCCGUGCUGUUGGUCGUCAAUUCCAGUGGUAUGCCGUUUGCAUCAUUUCGGGACACACCGACUUUCAAAACGAGCACAACGACACUUUUUCCUCAUUUGACGUAGAAUCAGGAAGUCACGGGAUAGUUUUGCUUCGGUUUUUUGAGUAUCAAAACGGUGUGGUUGUUGCUUUCUCUUGAGUAAAAAAUGAGCCGAAUUUAUAACAAUACGUCCUUGCAGAAUAAACCUGUUCAUAAUGAAAAGAUUGAGCACGCGUGGGCCCCCUCCUCAUAUCAGAGUGGUCUAGGUGUCAUAUUAGAGGGAAAGUUGGUUGAUGUCUCACGCCAUGUUAUCACUGACGUCAACAAUCAGAAGGACCGUUUCUAUGUCCUAUACAUCAAACCUAGUCGAAUCCACCAAAGGAAAUUUGAUGCUAAAGGAAUGGAAAUUGAACCAAACUUCAGUGAUACCAAAAAGGUCAACACUGGUUAUCUCAUGUCAUCAUUCAAGGUGGAGGCUAAAGGAGAGACUGAUUGCCUCACUGAGGUCCAGCUGGAAAAUCUAGUGACCAAGGAGGAUCUGGUGAAAGUGACAGGGAAACACUGUCUAAGUGGGACCUAUGCUUUCUGGUACCCAGAGGGAGAGAUGAGCAAAACUGAACUAGAAACAGGCCAGGACAUUCGACUGAAAACCAAAGGCGAUGGCCCAUUUAUUUUUUCCUUGGCCAAAGUUGAUGGAGGCACAGUGACCAAAUGCAAUUUUGCCGGAGACAAAGAAGCAGGAGCAUCGUGGACAGACAAAAUAAUGUCCAACAAAUCCGAUGCCAGCAGUGCAACAAAGUCUGAAGGCCAUGGCGAGGGAGCAGAUGAGGAGGAAUGGGAUGAAUGAGGAGAUGAAUGGAAUUGCACAGUAAAACCUCCUUAUUCCUGUGAUGGUUUGCACUUCAUUUUUUAUUCAGCACUCCUUUUGUAAUAUAGAGUUCUCUACAAGUUGACAAAUCUGGCUAUUGCAGUGUAUCUUCGGUAUAGGGGUGUACUGCUGUAUUGCUUUGAACCUGUCUUUGGUAAACGUCUUACAUGCUUUACUUCUCUACUUUCUCUCUAUUGGAAAUGUAUCCUUGUUUGUAGAAGGGUACAAAUGAUAUGUACUGCACAUUAACCUUGUAAUAAAACAAAUAUGUCAAUUUA